AUGGCGUCUUCGUUGCCACAAGAGCUUCUGUCGUUGAUCGCAAAUCACAUCACUGGAAAGAAUGAGAAACUCACUCCAUAUACACUGGUCAACAAAUCUUGGCAAGCUGCGUUCGAGAGAAGGAUGUAUUCUUCGCUUGUGGUACUCAGUCCGUCAGAUGUGGACUAUAUUACAGUCGGUCCUACUGAGCAACACAAAAAACGCGGUCUUUCCUUAUCAAGGCUCGAUGAUAUUACUAGUGGACCCCAGGACUGGCGACAGGCUCGACGCACUUAUAUCCGACACAUUCUCUACAGAGUUGCGGUACCCCACUACUUGGAAGAAUGCCGCCGCGGGGACGACGAUUAUACUUACGACAACAUCUGGCACCGCGAGAACAAUCUAGCUUUCUCUCAUGGUAUGCGGGCUUUGUUUGACUACCUGCCACGAUUGGUAGAUCAAGCCAUCUCGCUUGAUAUUGCUCUGCAAGCAGAGACUGCAUAA